ACCAACAAGAUAUUUAAACCUGAACGAUUAUGUUGACUUGGGAAAUUGUGAAGCUCCUUUUGGAGUUGAUUCCAUUGGAUUAGAGAUGGUAAUGAGGUACCACAAAAAUGGGUUUCCUUGAAUUGUAUGAUAACGGACUGUUUUAAGGCUGGAAAUUAAAAUGGCAGAAACAUCAAACAUGAUUAUGUGGUGAAUUGGUGUUUCAAUUUCACAUCCAUGGGGCUAAUAGGGAAAAAAGAAUAGGUGUUGAUGGUGGAGAUGUGGUAGUUCUGAGUCUAGGAAUGAUGCCAUUUAAGGCUCUGAAGAUACAAGGAUAGGUGUCAUCAAGUCCGGAUACUGGAAGAAGGGAAUGGAGAAAGAGAAAACAGGGCCAAAAGAAAAGAAGUAGCGGCAGAUGCAAAAGUCUCAAGGUCUUUAUCAAAGAAGAAAAUCACGCAGAAGGUCUAUGCACUUUGUUUCUAUGCAAAGUAAACUAGCUAUACUUUGUAAAAAUAAGCACCAUUGGAUGAUUAAGAGGAAUAAUAUCCUAUGGUGAUAGAAGCAAAGGGAAGACGGAAGUAUGAAAAGAAUAAUAAAGUCACGAUAGAAAGUCAAAAGCUUUUUGUUAAGCAAUUACCUCUGCCUCAGUUCUCUCAUCUUCCAUCUGAUCUUAUUGAUACAAACUAUCCAACAAUGACAUCAAGUUUCUCUGCUUCUGCCCGCAUUCAGAAUUGGAAGUAUGAUGUUUUCUUGAGCUUCAGAGAUGAAGACACUCGAAACAAUUUUAUUAGCCAUUUCCAUGCUGCUUUAAGUAGAAAAUCAAUUAGAACAUUCAUUGAUGAUGAACUUAGAAGAGGAGAUGAAAUCACACGGUCACUUUUGAAAAAGAUUGAAGAGUCGAAAAUUGCAGUUGUCAUUUUCUCAAGAAACUAUGCAUCUUCAACUUACUGUUUGGAUGAACUUGAAAAGAUAAUAGAAUGUCACGAGUGCUAUGGACAAACAGUUAUACCCAUCUUUUUCAAUGUAAAUCCAUCAGAUCUACUGGAGCCGGACACUGGGAUUUUUGCAGAAGCGCGAAAAAGGUAUUAUGGAAAAGUUGAACAAAGUGCAAGGAUGGAAGAAAUGGUGGAAGGAUUCUGUGAUUGGAAAAGAUCUGAACAAGAUCAGGAGAAAUUGGACAAAGUACAAAGGUGGAAAGUUGCCCUGAAGAAAGCAGGCAAUCUAUCUUGGCAUGAUUUGCAGAUAAACAGGAGGGAAUCUGAACUUGUUGAUAAAAUUGUCAAUGAUGUUUGGAAAAGAGUGAAACAAGUAUCGCCAAUCGUUUCAGACUUUUUGGUGGGGGUGGAUUUACAGAUUGAGCGCAUCAAAUCAUUAUUACUUGUUGGCUUAUCUGAUGUUCGCGUUCUAGGAAUUUGGGGUAUGGGCAGUAUAGGAAAGACAACUUUAGCUGGAGCUGUUUUUAAACAAAUUGCAUUUCAAUUUGAAGGCUGCUGCUUUCUUUCAAAUAUUGGGAAAGAGUCACAGAAGUGUGGAGGAUUGACUCGUCUAGGAGAGGAGCUUCUUUCUAAAGUUCUAAAAGAAAGAGAAGUAAAAUUAAAUACACCUGAUAUUAGAUCCUCGCAUUUUAAGGAAAUGCUCCGCCAUAACAGGGUUCUAAUUGUACUUGAUGAUGUGAACAACAUAGAACAAUUGGAAUAUUUUGCUGGAGAUCCUUGUUGGUUUGGUUCAGGAAGUAGAGUUUUUGUAACAAGUAGAGAUAAGCAACUGCUUAGUAUAACUGUUGAUGUUACAUAUGAAGUUAAGGAGUUAAAUUAUGAGGAUGCUCUUCAUCUUAUCUGUUGGAAUGCCUUUAAGCAGAAAAGCCCCUUGGAAGAUUUUGUGGCCCUGACGCAUUUAGUGGUAAGAUAUGCCAGAGGUAAUCCUUUGGCUCUAAAAGUUUUGGGUUCCAUGUUAUAUGGAAAGAGCAAAACAGAAUGGGGAAGUGCGUUGAAGAAACUGACAAGAGCUCCUCAUAAAGAUAUCCAAGAUAUUCUGAAAUUUACUUAUGAUAACCUGGAUGAUGAAGAGCGCGAUAUUUUUCUUCAUAUUGCAUGUUUGUUUGAAAGUGAGGAUCGAGACCGAGUGACACAGGCACUAGAUGGUUGUGGCUUCUCCGCGGAUAUUGGAAUAAGCAUACUUGUUGAUAAAUCCCUUCUAACUAUUUCGAAAAAUAAGCUAAAAAUGCAUGAUUUACUACAAGAAAUGGGAAGGGAAAUUGUACGCCAAGAAUCCAAAAGACCAAGUGAGUGCAACAGGUUAUGGAAUCCUGAUGACAUCUAUAAAGUACUCGAGGAAAAUACUGGAACUGAAGCAAUUGUAGGCAUACUCUUAGGGAUGUCUGAAGCAAGAAAGUCGGAAUUAAAUCGGAAUGCCUUUACAAGGAUUUCUAAUCUUAAAUUUCUCAUAUUACGCAUGUCUAUUAACUGUGGUGGCUUUGAAGAAGAAUGUAAGGUCCAGUUUCCUGAGGGACUUGAAUCUCUACCUCAACAGCUGCGGUAUCUUUAUUGGCAUGGAUACCCAUUAAAAUUUCUACCAGCCAAUUUCCAUCCAACGAAUCUUAUUGAGCUGAACUUUCCAUAUAGUAGACUUGAAGGACUGUGGGAAGGAGACAAGGAAAGGUUGGAGCGGCCUUUCCCUGCCACAGGGAUGGUUGCUCUCUUUCUCAGGGCCUGUGAUGACCUGCCCUGCACAGGCUUUUUGCCUGUGCAGUUGGCAGUCCACUUCAAUAUGUUUAGUUCGUUCAUGAAACACAUGGUUAGAUGCAAUGUGACGGGUGGCUUGGUUAUCACAAUGCAUCGUCAUAGGUCUGUUGAUUUCAACCUUCAUAUCUUUGAGGACUUGCUUGAUCCAGAUGAGUUCGCUAGAUGCCAUUGCACUACCGAUCUAGCAACCACGUUCUGCUUCUUGCUUUUCCAUGUUACUAAGUUUCCUCCCACAGAGACACAAAAACCAGUGGUUGACUUCUUGUCACUGCUUCCUGCCCAAUCUGCAUCAGAGAAUCCAACUAUAGAGUUAAAAUUGUUAUUUUUCAUCCAUAUUCCCUGUCCUGGGGUUCCCUUUAGGUCUAGUGACAGUGAGGUGAGCCUGGAAAUUUGGGGCUCCAUAGUGCUGGUAAGCAGUGACAUGACCAAGUGGUCUGUCGUCUGCCAUUCUUCAAUUUUUUCUGCUUCUUCUUCUGUCGGGUCUUCUGGUCUAGAUUAUAUUGGCCAAUCUGUUAUCGGUUUGAGACAUGAUGAAUUUCCAAAAAGGAAUUCUGAGAAUGUGGUUUUUGUUUGCUUGAUUGAUAUCUCACAGCCUGCCCUGCACAGGCUUUCUGCCUGUGCAAUGUCUGAGGCCAUGCUUUCUUUAUUUCCUCUUUUAACAGUUCCCUCGUCAAUCGGCCAGCUUACCAAGCUAACUUUCAUGAGCUUGAGGUACAGUAAAAAUAUUCGAAGUUUUCCAACUACCAUUGAUCUGCAAUCUCUUGAGACUCUUGAUCUUUCUGGAUGCUCAAAUCUCAUGAUGUUUCCUGAGGUUUCAAGGAACAUACGAUAUUUAUAUUUAAAUGAGACUGCAAUACAAGAAGUGCCCUUGUCAAUUGAGCACCUCAGCAAACUUGUCGUAUUAGAUAUGAAAUAUUGCAACGAGCUUGAGUGUAUACCAAGCACUAUUUUCAAGUUAAAAUCUCUUGGAGUUCUUAUUUUAUCUGGUUGCAAGAAGCUAGAGAGCUUCCCAGAAAUUUUAGAGACCACGAAUCAUUUACAGCACCUUUCCUUGGAUGAAACAGCCAUGGUCAAUCUUCCAGAUACCUUCUGCAACUUGAAAGCUCUUAAUAUGCUUAAUUUCUCUGAUUGCUCGAAACUUGGAAAGCUGCCAAAAAAUAUGAAGAAUUUAAAAUCUUUGGCAGAGCUCAGAGCAGGAGGAUGCAAUCUAUCAACAUUACCUGCUGAUCUUAAAUAUUUAUCCUCUAUCGUAGAGCUGAAUCUAAGCGGGAGCAAUUUUGAUACGAUGCCUGCAGGCAUUAAUCAACUUUCUAAGCUGAGAUGGAUUAACGUGACUGGCUGCAAGCGGCUUCAAUCAUUACCGGAGCUUCCUCCACGAAUAAGAUAUUUGAAUGCACGUGACUGUAGAUCAUUGGUAUCGAUAUCUGGCCUGAAGCAGCUGUUUGAGCUGGGAUGCAGCAAUUCUUUGGAUGAUGAGACUUUUGUUUUUACCAAUUGCUUUAAAUUGGAUCAAGAUAAUUGGGCCGAUAUUCUGGCAAGUGCACAGCUGAAAAUUCAGCAUUUUGCCAUGGUAAGGAAACAUUACGAUCGCGAACUCUAUGAUGAAACUUUUAUUUGCUUUACCUAUCCUGGUACCGAAACUCCAGAGUGGUUCGCAGACAAAAGCAUGGGAAGUUCUGUCACAAUUCAGCAUUUCCCUCCAGAUUGGCUAAACCACAGGUUCUUGGGUUUUGCUGUGUGCUUGGUUGUCGCCUUUGAUGAUCGUUUUCUUUGUGAGUACCCUCGUGGAAUUGUUGCAUGUAAGUGCAAUUUUCAAAACAGCUAUGGUGGCUGCAACAAUCAUAUUUUCACUUUGAACAGUUGGAAAUAUUUCCCAGCUAAAUCCUAUGGAUCAAAGCAUGUGUUCAUGUGGUAUGAUUGCCGUUGGUAUGGUACCAUUGUUGCUAAAAGCAAUUGGCUUAACGAAUGCUGCUGGUGCAAUGAGAUCUCAUUUGAAUUUUCUGCUGAAAUACUUGAUUAUAACAAUAAUGAAAAUGGUCACCAGGUGGAAAAUGCAAAUUUUCCUGAAGUGGAGAAGUGUGGGGUUCUUCUACUAUAUUCCAAAGAUGAGGAGAGCAACCAGAUGGAAUUAAUGCCAGCGGAAGUGACAAAGAAGAGAAGUGGCAACUCUGCAGAAGAAAAAGAGGAGCCACACCUGAAAAAAAUGAAAGAACUCAAAGGCUUUCCUGUACAAUCAUCAUACAUGGAGGAGUGAAUUCAUGGGGUCCAAUGUAUUAUAAUUCUACAAGAGCACAGUGGAUUACUUGGCUCAGUUCAGCUCAGCAUAUUUGGCUACUGUGAGCACUGAAUUCUCUUCCAAAAUUCCAUGCUUUUAUUUUUCAUUACAAGCUUUUUAUCCAAGAUUCUCCUCUCAUAGCUAGAGAUAUUAAUUUUGGGGGCUUAAAGUAUUAUGCCACUGAAAUCAUUUAAAUUAUUAAUCAGUUGCUGCAAUUAGAUAUCUCUGAACUUUAAAUUAGUUAAACUUUGAACAUCUCUUGUAAUUUGUCGAAAGCAAGGAAAUUAUUCAUACGUCUUUAUUACUUCCUUCA